AUGGCACCGCCUAGGCUUGAGCUCCGGCCUCUGGCGAAUCAGACAUUUGUGCAGGGCUAUCCCGGCAUCCCCGCGUCGGAUUCGCGUCCUGAUGCGCACUUGACAGGCACGAUUGCUGUGCAUGUGCCCUCGUCGCGGGGUGUUGAGGCUGCCUGGCUCCGUGUGGAAAUGUGCAAGGUCGAGACGCUGCCGCGGGGACAGUCGUGGCGUGAGUUGAUCGGUGAGGGUCCGAUGGAUGUGUGGAAGGCUGAGACGGCGUGGCAGACGCUCACGUCGCAGUCGUUUCCAUUCCGUGUGAGUGUCCCGGAGAAGCUCCCGCCAUCGCUGCGCCUGAAUAAGACGAGCGGCAUCAAGUACCAGCUGAUAGCGUCGCUGAAGGUGCGCCUCAAGAAAGGGUUCAUGCGCAAGGACACGUACGAGACGGUCGUGCAGGACACGCAAGACUUUGUGCUCGAGAAGCACGAGUUGCACUCGACGUGGCCGAUCUACAAUGUGCCGGAGGAGUACGAGACACAGGAGGGCCCCUUUACGGCCAAGCUCAUGCGGAACAAGUGGGCGUACAGUGUAGGCGACCAGAUGGACCUGCGCAUUAUCGUCGCGAGCAAGGCGAUGAAGACGACGAAGCUCAAGUCCAUCUCGGUCGGCAUCCGCCAGAACGUGAGCUUCUUCCCCGAGACCGGUAUGCAGGCCCAGCCGAUCCAGCAAAAGUCUAUCAUGCUCGACUACAAGACCAAGCGAAUCAACAAAAAGGUCCAGCAUGGCGAGUACUUUAUGCAGGACCUGAAUCUGAUCGUGCCGAGGAAGAAUGCGAUCAUGUCCAUCCACACAGCCAAGCACAUGGAGAUUUCGCACUCGCUACGCGUGGACAUCAAGAUCGGCAAAGCGGUCAUGACCUUUGACCGGCUCAAUGUGCUCCUCUCGGGCUUCUUGUCCACAGCGAGCUCCUCGAUGAUCGCUCGGAUCGGUGAUGUCCCCUCGUUGGGCAUCACACAGGACAGCAAUCCACACGCGGCGCGCGAGCAGCCCAGUGUGUUUGUCGCCGACAACGAUCCGUACCUCUCGUCCACGACAACGUCGCCCAUGGCGCCUGGUCGCGCCUCGCUGGGUGCUCGCCCUGAUUCCGUGUUCGCAGGCGACUUGCCCCCCGUGGAGACGGGCGACUUUGCCGCGCUGGGCACGGCGACGCCCACGCGUCCCGCAGAAACGGCCUCGCCCAUGCCGCCGAGCGCAGCAUGGCAGUCGCCGCACCUGUCCAUGCGUCCCGGCGACAUUCUCGGCCAGCACGGCUCGUCGUACGUGGCGAAUGCGUCGCCGUCCGCUGAGCCGAAGCAGCGCCCCGUCUCGGUCAUGAUGACGCCACCGCGGCCGCAGGCGCCUUCGGUCCGGCACUCGACGCACGCCUUUUCUACCGCCGAGCAGGAAAAGGUGCGCCUGUUUGAGCGCGCCCGAGCCGAGGCCGAGCAGUACCAGUCGGACAUGGGUGAGAGCGUCUCGUUCCCACGGGAGCAGGCGCCCGAGCCGGCGCCUCCGGCGCCUCUGCGCGUUGAUCCGGGCGCUGCGCCUACGAACCCGUCCGAGACACCCUCGUCGUCGCCGUUCCUGACCCAGUCCGAGGCGCGUGCUGUGGACGAAAAAGCCCGCCUCCAGAGCCACUAUGCCCAGCUGGAUGCGCAGCCGACCGAGUCGGCCCAGCCGCCCAUCACGAGUACCCCGAGCCAGCCCGCUCCCCCUGCUUUGAACGUCGAUGAACCCACGCCCGCCCCCUCCUACUUUGCGCCUCCGCGCGCCGAGAACGAAUCCCUGGCGACGGCUCCGCCACGUCCCCCGAAAGUGCCCCUGACGUAA